ACAUGUGCCCAGUGGCUCUCGUGUGCUUGUCCAUUGUUUCCUAAGCAAUUUAUACAGCUUGGAGAUUUAAUGCAAAGACCCAUCAAUUGUAAUUGUGGUUGUUGUUGUUUUGUUGGUGUGUGUGCAUGUGUAUGAUAUAAGCCUAUAGGCAUUUCCUACUUCAAGCCUCAGGACUAGUCUGGGCAGUAGGGUGGGGAUGAGCCUAAAGAGAUUGAUGGUUAUAGUUGGGAGAGGGUAGAGGAAGAAAAAUGGGGCCAAGUUUUGAUAAGAAAAAUUCAAUACUGUGGAAUUAUGUGAUAGGUACCAUAACUGGACUGGGGGCUUUGAAUAUAGAGAAACAACUGUGUAAUUUGGGAAGAGUUUAUAAAUGAGUUAGAACUUGAAAAAAGGAUCACUAUGACAAACAUUAUCCUUGUUGUCUCUCUUUUCAGGGUGUGUUCUCAAUUCACCAUGGUAAUUUUUAAUAACACCACAUCAUCUUCCCCAAACUUCCUACUCACUGCAUUUCCUGGGCUGGAACUUGCUCACGUUUGGAUCUCCAUCCCUGUCUGCUGUCUCUACAUCAUUGCCCUCUUGGGAAACAGCAUGAUUUUGUUUGUCAUCGUCAUUGAGAGGAGUCUCCACAAGCCUAUGUACUAUUUCCUCUCCAUGCUGUCAACUGUUGAUCUAUGUCUGACCAUCUCAACCCUUCCCACUGUGCUUGGGGUUCUCUGGUUUCAUGCCCGGGAGAUUAGCUUGAAAGCUUGCCUCAUUCAAAUGUUCUUUGUGCAUGGCUUCUCCUUCCUGGAGUCCUCAGUGCUCGUAGCCAUGGCCUUUGACCGCUUUAUGGCUAUCUGUAACCCACUGAAGUAUGCCACUGUCUUCACAGACAUGAUAAUCCUGGUGAUUGGACUGGUCAUCUGCCUGCGGCAAGUUAUUUUCACCUUUCCCAUGGUUCUAGUCUUGAAGAGUGUAUCUUUCCAUUCAGACAAAGAGCUUUCCCACCCAUUUUGCUACCACCCAGAUAUGAUCAAAUACACAUAUCCCAGCCCCUGGAUCAACAAUUUUUGGGGCAUGUUUCUUCAGCUCUACCUGACUGGCACUGACUUGCUGUUCAUUCUUUUCUCCUACGUUCUGAUUCUCCGAACCGUCUUGAGAAUCGUGGCCCCUAAGAAGCAACAAAAAGCUCUCAGCACUUGUGUCUGUCACAUCUGUGCUGUCACUGUUUUCUAUGUGCCCAUGAUCAGCCUGUCCUUUACACACCGCCUUCUCAGCUCCACCCCAAGAGUGGUCUGUAGCAUUCUGGCCAAUGUUUACUUGAUUUUACCACCUGUACUGAACCCUAUCAUUUAUAGCUUGAAGACCAAGGCGAUCCGCCAGGCUAUGCUCCAGCUGCUCCAGUUUAAGGGCUCACGGGGCCCCAGUGUGAGGCAUCUUAGAGGACGGUGGGAUUGAAGGGGAGACAGCAAGAGAGCACAAGCAGGAGGAGCAGUAGAAGGAGAGGGAGAAGCAGGCUCUGCACGGAGCAGGGAGCCCGAUGCGGGACUCGAUCCCGGGACUCCAGGAUCAUGACCUGAGCUGAAGGCAGUCGCUUAACCAACUGAGCCACCCAGGCGCCACCCCCCCAGCAAUUGUUAAUAGGACAUGAAUUUGUUUUGUUGUUAUUUCAAGGAAUGUAUUUAAUAUAUUUGGAGGUUGUUCGGAUUAUGUCAUGUCUGAUUAUAAAUGUCUGAUUAUAAAUGUAUACUUAUACACACCUAUAUAUAAUAUAUAUAAUUAAAAUUUUGUGAUUAAAAAGAUAACAAAAAUCAUUCACAAUCUACUAAUGAGAGAUUUUAUGAUAUAUAAGUGAAUCUUUUUUUAGUAGCCAACAUAUGUGUGCACACAUACUUUUUUUUAAAGAUUUAUUUAUUUAUUUGAGAGAGAGAGCAUAUAUGCAGGGGGCAGGGGCAGAUGGAGGAGGAGAGGGAAUCCUCAAGCAGACUCCCCACUGAGCAUGGAGUCCAACUCAGGGCUUGAUCCCAGGACCCUGAGAUCACGACCUGAGCAGAAAUCAAGAGUUGAAUGCUCAAAUGACUGAGCUACCCAGGUACCCCUGCACACACAUGCAUUUAUGAACUAGGAUACUAGUGUAUACUCAAAAUGUAUAUCUUACUUAUUUGCUUGAUAUUAUUUAUCAUUUUCUGUUAAUAAUAUAUCAGAUUUUUAUAUUAGACUUUACUUCCACUAGGAAGCUCUCUCCUUUGAUUCUCCACUAAAAUAGGCCAGUUACCAGUCUUUUAUUUACUUUCUUAUAUGUGUACUUAACUUACCACACUUUCCUCAGUGAAUUUAAUUAUUUAUUUACUUGAUCUCCCCACCACCAGACUGUAAGCUCCUUGAUAGCAAGUCUAAAUUUAAGUUUCAUUUAAUCCUUAACAUUUAAUACAAUGCUUAGCAAAUGCCACUUAGUUGUUGAUGCUGUUUCAUAGGUGAAUAAUAUUUGUUAUUAUUUGUAUAUCAUGGUUUAUGUUAUUUAUUACUUAAUAUUUCAGUAGUUUACGUAUUUUUAUCAUAGAAAAUAAUCCUUGAUAUACAUUAUAAAUAAAUAUUUGAUCACACCUCUGAUUAUGUUCUUAGAUUCCUAGAAUAUGAAUUAUUAAAUUUAGAAAGAAGCAAAAUAAUAGUUGGUCUGGUGUAGUGCAUGAGGUUGUAGGCUCUGGAAAUGUACUACCUGGAUUUAUAAAGCUCCUAACACUUUAUAGUUCUUUGUUUUUGGAAAAAUUGUUGAACUUCUCAGAGCUUUAGCUUCUUAAUCCAUGAAACAGGAGGAAGUAAUAAAAUCUGCCUUCCCACAUUCUUGCAAAAGUUAAUUGAGUUUAUACAAGUAAGUAUAUAGCCCAAUGUCUGGUACCUGGUGAACGUUGGAUUAUACUGUAUGUUAAUUAACUGGAAUUUAAAUAAAAACUUAUCUUUGUACUUAAUUCCUAAUUUAUUUUAGUUUAUUUUUGUGUGUAAUAAAAGAUCACACACAAAUAUGGUUUCUAAAGUAGGUUGUAAUUUUUUCUACCACUAUUAUUUGAAUA